GGCCGGGCAAGAUCAGCUCGACUAUGUGCCUCCUGAUAUUUGUUUUAAGUGUCAUCUUCAACAAACAGGAGGAAUAGUUGUGUGCAUAGUUUGCGAAAACGUCUGGCACAAGAGUGAUUAUAUCCUGAAUACUUUCAUCACAUAAUGACAACUGGAAAAAUUUUUGUUGAGUGGCAACGUUGCUCUGCAUAUGAAGAAUUGAACAUGAAUAGGUGCUAUAAAUGUUGUGGAUAUGGCCAUAGUGCCAAAAAAUGCAAUAAUAAAUACAGAUGUUUGUACUGCGCUGGAGAACAUGAUAGCAAAACUUGUCAUAAUGAACAGCAGCGAAUAUGCUGUAAUUGCUCAGAUGCUAAAAAUUAUCACAGAGUGAACAGAACUGUUAACCAUGUAGCAAGUGACAAUAAAAACUGCGAAACAUAUAAAUCAAGACUGAAGUAUCUAAGAUCGAAAAUUGACUAUAAUAAUGGCUGAUAGUGUUGAAGAGGACCUUGCAAAUGGUGAAGAUUUAUUUGUUGAAGAACUUGAAAUUACUGAUGUUCAAUCUGUUAAUAAAGAAUUAACAAAUAAAAAAUGCAUUAUUGUUAGUGUAAAUAUAAGAAGUCUGAAUGCUAAUAUUGAUAAACUUAAUGUAUUUAUUAACAGUUUGGACAAUAAGCCAUCAGUGAUUAUUUGCACUGAAUCAUGGAAUCUGCAUGGCUUAGCCAUUUGUAACUUAAAUGGGUAUGAUAGUUAUUUUAAUGAAAGCAAAAUUAAUAAAGCAGAUGGUGUUGUAUUUUUUGUUAAAAAAGGCCUAAAUAAUGAAAUAACGCAUGAAACUGUAGAAAAUUUAAAAGUAAUUAGCUGCUUAUUUACUUGUGGUAGCGAAAAGAUAAAAAUCUCUGGUGUAUAUAGGUGUCACGAUUACAAAAAAGAAAUUUUCAUUAAAAAUGUAUUAAGUUAUUUGAUAUUGAAUAAAAGAUUCAGAAAUCACUAUAUUUUUGGUGAUUUCAAUAUUGACAUGAUAAAUACAGAUGAAGAUGCUCAAAAUUUUCUGUAUAACUUCUUAGAAUAUCAUUAUACAUCAUUUUUUCAAAAAAUAACCAGACCUAAUGAUAAUAAUGUAAAUGGUGGAACCUGUAUAGAUAACUGUUUUGCCAAAACUACUCUCACCUGCAAAUCUUAUAAAAUUAAUCAAGUAGUCUGUGAUCACUUCCCGCUCUUUAUAACAAUUGAUAAAAAUAUUGAUAAUAUACCUCAUGUAACACAAGACAAAUUUUUAAAUUACAAAAAACUGAAUAAAUUAGCACAAAUACAACUAUGGCAUAAGCUUUUAUCUAUACAGGAUCCCGAUAUGGCUACGAAUGUAUUGAUUGAUAUGAUUAAGACAAUUACUGUAAAGGCACAAACUAAAAAGAACAGGUUUAAAGACAAAAAUAUUGCAAGAAAAAAUUGGAUUACGCAGGGUAUAGUAAUUUCAUGUAAUACAAAAGAAAUUUUAUAUAAUAUGUGGAAAGCUAAUCCAGAGAAUACAAUACUAAGGCAAAAUUUUAAAAAUAUGUGAAAUUGCUUACUAAAGUAAUUAAAUAUGCAAAAUACAAUUUUGAGCAAAAAAAGAUAAAUAAUUGUGGCAGAAAUACCAAAAAAUUAUGGAAGUACAUAAAUAAUAAGUUGAAUAGAAACAAAAAUUGCAAAAUGAUAAAGAUAGAUAAAUUAAGAAACCAGGACACGAUUGUAACCAAACCAAAUGAAAUUGCGGAUUCUCUCAAUGAUUUCUUUGGUAAUGUUGGAUUAAAACUCGCUAGCCAAAUAAAUAAACCAAAGAGUGAAAAAGUAUAUUUGCCAAGUUUUAAUCAACAUACUUUAUUUUUAGAACCAACUUGUCAGAUGGAAUUACUGAGAAUAAUUAAGCAAAUAAAAAAUAAAGCUGGUGGAAUUGAUGCUAUUAAUGUGAUGGUAUUGAAAAAUAUCGCUAUUUCAAUCUAUGCAUCUCGAAAUCUGUUUGGCCAAAAGCUCUAAAAAUUGCUGAGAUAGUACCAAUUUUCAAGUCUGGUGACAGAACACUUCCAACAAAUUACAGACCAAUUUCUUUGAUAUCAAACAUAGCAAAAUUAUUUGAAAAAAUAAUAGAUAUUAGGCUAUAUAAAUUUCUAACAAAAUAUAAUUUGAUAUCUAAUAAACAGUUUGGAUUUAGAAGGAAUGUUGGUGCUAAGGAUGCAAUUUUUACUGUAACUAGUAACAUAACAAAUGGUUUGAAUGAUAAUAAAAAAGUCUUAGGAACAUUUUUAGAUCUGGCUAAGGCUUUUGACACAGUCAAUCAUGGAAUAUUAUUAGCAAAAUUAGAGAGAUAUGGUGUUAGAGAGGUAAUACCAAUGAAUUAUUUAAGAGUUACUUAACGAAUAGGUUUCAAAAAGUGAA